AUGGAAGAAAAUCUUUUAAAUUCUGGUAACUUUUCAUCAAGUUGUUCCAACAACUGUGGAAAAUUUUCUACUAAGCAACACAAUCAUACACCGUCAUUGUUGACCUCAAGUUGUGGAGUCAUGAUUGAAAUACUUAAUGAUAAAGUUGCAGAGGGUAAAAGCUUGCAUAAUCUGAUUUGGCUUUUGAUUAAGCAAAGUAUGAUGUUUGGUUCAGUCGAAUCUAGAUGUGAAUGA